AAGGUGUGGCCUAUGAUUUCACGGAGCUUGUAGUCUGGCGGAGACUGCACGGCAAAAGAGGCAAUUCUGCUACAGCGGGAAGCGAUGCUAUGAGUGGAGUCACAGAAGGUUUUAGAACCUUACCGAGUUCUGGGAUGAAGUGGAAAGAUACCCUAAAGGAAGUGAAUUUGAGUUGAAAGCUAAGGGGGAGGUGCACCUGACCUGGAUAAAGAGAAGUGAAGAGACAGAAGGAACAAUAUAUGCAAAAGCGUGAUAGAGAAACAUAUUAGAUGAGUUUGGCUGAAAUGUAGUUGGAGGGAGAGUGAGUAGUAGGUGAGACUGAAGCGUUAAGCAGGGGCCAGGUCAUACAGAACAUCGUAAGCCAUUUUAACAGCCUGAAUCUUAUUCCGAAAACAGUGGCCAGCCACUGAAAGAUUUUAAAUAGGAAGAGGACACAAAAAGACUUUAGUUUUCACACAUUCUUCGUUCCUGUGGAGAAAGGAUUGGAGAAGACCAAGGCUGACGGCAAAGACAUGAGAUAGGCAACUAUAGCAAUAAUGGUGACAAGAACUGGUAGUGAUCUAAACUGGAACUUGGCAGUGGGGAUGGAAGUGAACUGAUUAAAAAAUCAGUUAAGACUUAGGUACUGAGUGGAUGUAAGGGCUUGAAAGAGGAAUCAGUCAAAGAUAAGCCUCAGGUUUGGGGCCUAGACAACUGAGUGGAUGGUGAUGUCUGUCCUGAUGGCCCCAAGGACAGUGUCACCUUGGUCUACAGUCUGAAUACUAGGCUUGUCAGACUUUGUGGGACCAACUACUCUUUAGUCACCAUGCUGUUUGUUGACAUCAGUGCAUGCAUCUAUCUUCACAAAGGCACAUAGUGUGAGGGCAACUACCUUCAAAGUUGCCGUAUUGGCUUUGCCCCUACUUGUGGAAAGGUGGCUCAGUGGAUUGUAACUCCAAAAUCAUGGCUUCCUGGCCAUGGUGAUCUGGAUGACCUACAUUCUUUUGUUGCUUGGAGAAUGGGAAAUGCCGGGUUUGGUGAUAUCUCUUCCUUCAAAAAAAUGGAAGAGCUGAAUAAGAUUUUCUAUCACUGUCCUAUGAAAUCUUCAAACAACACAAGCCACUCAACAUCAAAAUGGUCUUCAGCGAAGAGACAAGCCCUUGCCUAUUUCUUUGCAAACCCACACUAUGGCAGCAUCAUUAAUGCAGACGGCCAUGCUGAAGUGUGGACAGAUUGGAAUAGUAUGUCCAAGUUUUUCCAGUAUGGAUGGAGAUGUACCACUAAUGAGAAUACCUAUUCAAACCGUACCCUGAUGGGCAACUGGAACCAGGAAAGAUAUGACCUAAGGAAUAUCGUGCAACCCAAACCUUUGCCUUCCCAGUUUGGACACUACUUUGAAACAACAUAUGAUACAAGCUGUAACAACAAAAUGCCACUUUCAACACAUAGAUUUAAGCGAGAGCCUCACUCGUUCCCAGGACAUCAACCUGAGCUGGAUCCUCCUGGAUACAAAUGCACAGAAAAGUCAACUUAUAUGACUAGCUACUCAGACCCUCAAAUUGGGCAUGACUCUGCAUGUGUGUGGAAUCCUAAUAACUGCCGACUUAAGGAGCCAGGAUUCUAAGAAAGAAUAAGAGGCUUCAUUUUUCCAGAAUAGAUUGUAGGAAGGAGCAUAUUCUAAGCACAACUAAGAAUCUAGCUGAUGAGAGCACAAUUUCACAAUCUGAAUAAAGAAAGCACGGAGAAUA